AUCCAUUCGCCCCCCCCCCUUACCAGUUUUUAAAGAGAACAUAGCAUAUUUGUUUCAUAUGAUCUAUUUGUUGUUUGAAAUAUGUUUUGAGAAAUCGGGUUAGUUUGGGAAAGAAUUUAAGGCGGCCCCCUCCAGACUCCCCGACCCCAUCCUCAUUUAUGCACGGGGUCUGUCCACAUAACCUUAAACAGCCUCUUUAUAAUGGCAAUAUUCGUGAUGUAAUAUCCAGUAGCCAUCCAUCUGCUACCAAUCAAUGAUAAUAUUUUCAUCAAAGAUCUGAGUGGCAGCUGUUUGAUUUCUUAACCUAUUGUAUUACAUAGUCUAUUAUUUGUUCGAUUUGUGUCAACUGUAUUUGCCCAGUUGCCAUAAAUAUGAUGACAAUUAGGCCAGCCAGAUUAAAAAGACUGAUUUUGUUGUUGUUUGGUUUUACUGUUGUCCUGUUCAUCUUAGGGUCUAUAUAUGGAUCUUCCUGGCAGUUGGAGAAACGGACCGAAAAUUUAGCUAUUCGAAGCACUAAUGAAAUUAAAGUACUAUGUGUUGUUCUAGCAACAUUGAAUGAACAAUCAAGAUUGAACGCUGUCAACGACACUUGGGUUCGUCACUGUGAUAAACAUUUGUUUGUUAUGACUGAUGAAAAUGACAGCCAUGAUGUUUUGUCUGUUGAUUUUCCAGAAGGAAGGACGUACCUGACGGAUAAAGUCGUGUAUGCAUUUAAAUAUAUCCAUGACAACUUAUUAAAUGACUUUGAUUGGUUUGUGAAGGCAGACGAUGAUACAUACAUGGUUAUUGAAAAUUUAAAAUAUAUUUUGUCGCAUUAUCGAGAAGAGGGUCCGGCAUAUUUGGGCGGCCAUAUUAAAAUGUAUGCACCCAAUGGUUAUAUGGCGGGUGGCUGCGGCUAUGUGUUGAAUAGACAGGCACUGCGAAUGCUGAUAAAAGGUUAUCAAAAGCCUGGAUUAUGCCGAUUAACAGGCGGUGCCGAGGAUUUGGAGACAGGUCGAUGUUUAGCUAAAAUGAGUGUUCCACUAAUAAGCAGUGUUGACAAAUAUGAUAAAGAGACUUUCAAUGUUAGUCCACUUUGGGAUUAUGUAAAGGGCCAUAUUCGCCUGUGGGUUCAUCAAUAUCUUAGAAAUAACAAAAGAGUGGGGCAGAUAAGCAAGUUUACCAUCAGUUUUCAUAAAGUGGAUCCUGAAUUCAUGCGACUCAUUCAUUUCAUCCUUAAUAACAUGGAGGUUGCUAAACCCGAGAUGAAAAGGAACAAUUACUUUAAUUUGGUUAAAGUACCACCCAUCGAAGAUUUAUCAAAGGAGGAAGUCUUUCUGACUUAUUUCUAUGAAAGUGUAGAAUCGUAUAAAGAUAUUGAGGCCUGGCGGAAGAAGAACAAUACAGUUUUGGUCCAUCAGUCGCCACAUAGAACAGUUUGAACGAGGUUUUUUUAUAUCGAUGUUGUACUUCGUUAGUUAUGUGCAUGUAUGAUUCCUUAUAGUGAUUUAUAUUUAUACUUUUUUUUAAUUUCGUUUGGAAAUUAGAAGUUCAUAGUUAAAGCCACAUAACUAUAUAGAUACGUGUAUAUUGAGAGAGAGGGAGAGAGAGAGAGAGAGACACACACACACACACACCGACAGGCAGACAGAGACAGAGAGAGAAAUGGGGUUUAACGUCCGUCCACUCGACACAAACCAGGUCACUUCGGGACCAUUUUAUUUCAAUAAUUCGAAUGCGCGUAGGGGUCUUUAGCAGCGUGUGUAAACCGGAGGACCCGUAGAAAACCAACGAGGUUGGACAGACGACCCAACUCCUUGUCACGUACAACGGAGGAAUCGAAACCACGCCAAUUGACUCAAUGGCAGACCUUAUGAUGCAACGCGCACGCGCCAUUUUGCAAAGAUAUGAUGAGUUGAAAAUCAGACAUCCUCUUCAGACGAUAUGCAGACAAGCCACGUCGACCUAUAAUCUUUGCCAAAAUAACCAAUUCAGGCAUUUACGAACUAGUUGUUAUUUUAGUAUCACGAGGUUCCCAUUGGUAUUUAUGCAGUGGUUAUGUCCAUUCGAUUUAUUGGAAUCAAGAUUCUUUGCAACUAAUAAUACAAAGUACACUGUAUGUACUUUAUACAAUUUUAUAUUCCUUACUUCAUUAACCUGGUUAGUGCUGAAAAAGAAGGGCUUUAAACCCCAUUUCAUUCCAAAUGUUCUUCCAGGGUUAUUGCACAUAUUAUAUGUAAUUUGUGAUAAACGCACAGUAGCCCACAUUACCAUAUUCAUACUUACUGUACAGAGUAAAAUUAUGAACUGACUCUGAUAUGAAUUUCAGGAAUUGUUAGUAUUCUGGUAGCGAUGGUCCUAAUGAGUACUCGGCUAAAUUCAACAAAACUUAUGUCAUAGAUAACUGAUCCCCAAAUGACUUAUCGACUUGACUAACCAGGUGCACAUUUAAUAAAUUGAAUGUAAAUCAGUUUGUAUACCAGUACAUUCAUAUUACAUCAUUAUGUGCUUUUAUACCACUUAUCAAUCUUAUUGUGAUUUCAAAGAAUAGAGGUUUAGCCCCUUUAAGUAAGAAAUCGGCAUUCCAGAGCAUUCUUAGACUUCAGUUAAAAAUUUACUCAAAAUUGUUCGCCGUAUUUUAACUAAAAUUUAGCCCUUUAUAAAACGUUUGUUGUUUUGAUAUAAAAAAUACAUCAACAAAAAAAAAUUAGUGCAAAGUUUUAUUUUUCUGGAUCAAAGAUAUUUCUCAUAAACAGUGAUUGAAAGUUGAGUAAAUUCAUAACUUUAGUCUUAGAAUGCUUUGUAAACUCGGGGCCUGGUGUGACUGAUACGGAUUUGCCAAUCUUGCUUAAGCUGCCAAAUCCCGUAUGGACGCAUGUCGCUACGCCAGCUGCCAUUCUUGUUCCGAUUAUCGAAAAUACACAAUUAAAUAUUUUCGAUUGCCCUUACAAAAUCAUAUAAAUGUAUUUGAUUUAUUUAAAGCCAUAUAAUAACAAAGAACAGAACACUGUUGUAUUAAGUUGUAACUUUUAUUAUCGUUAGACUUCGAAAAGUAUCAAACCAAAUCUGUUUGUUUUAGCAUCUUUUAAAUCGAAAUCUAGAAUUGGUUGAAAUAUGAUGGAUAUCUCUGGCGUAGUCAGUCGAUGAUGCUAUUAAACAGUUGAUUGGGUGGUUUUGUUGUUUGU